GAGCGGGAGACUGUGUAGAGGAGAGAUGGAGAGAGAGAGGGAGACUGUGUAGAGGAGAGAGAGAGAGGGAGACUGUGUAGAGGAGAGAUGAACUAAGACGCUCGCUCGGGUCGUCCCCGCUCCUCCUCCUCGUCACCCUCAAUUCCCACCCCAUCCCGUUGCUGCACCGAGGCGGUGUCGGGAGAGACAUCGCGCGUCAAAGCGCCACUCGCCCCGCUCUGCACUGGACGGCCGUGAUAGGAGCGAGUGGUGGUGGUGGUGGUAGGGGCUGCGGGUGCCUUGUGAACCAACGCAAGGCUCUCAGCUCAUUCCCUCCCCAUGCCUGGUCAGCAUCAGCAGCAGCAUCAGCAGCAGCAGCAUCAGCAGCGUCGGAGUCGUGGUCGUGGUGGCGACGGGCAGAGCGCGGGAGGCGAGGGAGGCGCACUCGAGGCAUCGCGAGCGUCGUGGCCAAGGCGGACUCGGGGAGAGGAGGCGGGAGAGAGGGGCGAGAGUGAGCGAAAGGGUGGCGAGAGAGGGAGGCAGGGAGAGGGAGGGAGUGCAGAGAGGGAGCGGGUUGUGCCAGACGAGAUGUAAUCGUUGGAGGCGGAGGAGGAGGAGAGGGACGAGAGAGCGUGGUGGUGGUGCCGAUUCGUACCGCGCACAGGCGGGCCAUGUGAGAAGUCGCUCCCCUCCACUCCGACGGCCUUUGGCGCUGUUCGCUCCCCCCGCGUCUGCAUGGGGGGGACAGCCGGGGUCCCGGGGUCAGCGAGGGGGUCCCGCGCCCCCCACGGGAACCCCCGGUGGUCGGGGUGGAGGCUACCACCCCUGCACCCCCUCAUCCCCCUGAUGCUCAUCCCCGUCAUCUCCGCCGCAGCCGCACUGAGCCAAUCCGAGAGGUGGCCCCUGGCGACAUCAUUGCCGUGGGGAGACCUGGACACGUGGAACAGCGCGACCUCUGACCUUCAGCUUCUUGACCUCCUUCACCAAACUCAACCCCAGCUCUGGGGGUCACCAAACAGCAUGGGGGAUGAAGAUGUUUUUGAGUGGGGUCCAACCAUGACGAUGUCACCACCACUUUCAUCAUCAUCAUCGCUUGUAGCAGCAGCAGAAGAUGCAGCAGUGAUAUCAGAAGCAGCAGGAAUAUUGUCAUUAUCAUUAUCAGCAGCACCAUCAGCAGAAGUGUUAACAUCGUCAUUGCCAUCAUCGUCAUCAUGGACUCUGCUUCCAUCAUCGUCAUCAUCGCGGCACGAGGGGGGUGCGACGCGCGUGGUGACUGAAUCACAGGAUCUCCCCUCAUCUUCUCUUGUCUUCUCACCUCCUCAUCACUCCUCACCACCUCCAGAAGAGACCACGGCUGGCUCAGCUGCGUACAGAGACAUCGCGCCCUCCUUAACUCCCCUCGUCGCCUUCACCUCGUCGGCUUUCUCCUCCCACCCCGAGCUCCCCACCUCCUCGUCGCCUCGUGGGUCCCCGUCGCUCGCGCUUCUCGUUUCCGAUGCCCAUGAGUCAGAAUCUUUUGCGGAAGAGACUCCGUCUCCGCGCCCCACGUCCUCGGAUCUCUUCCCUUUGGCGGCAUCGGAAGGAGGACGAGCUCUCUCCGGGUCCUCUGAGCUCCACUCUUCGCUUGUGAUCGCAGCAGAUCUCGCAGAUCCACGGCGGAACUCAGAGCCCGCCGUCUCUUCUCUGGUGGAGUCGAGCGCUGCGCUAUUGGGAACGGAUCUCGCGGAGGGAGUGGCGCCGGGACACGGCCCGAUCCUCGCGAGCUCCUACGCCGCCCCCGCUCGACCGCCGCCUGCGUCCACUGUCGGGCGAACACCACGCGAGGGCAUCCCUGCAUCGUCGUGGCCGUCCCCUUCCCUGCCAUCGCCUCCAUCGUCUUUAGCAUCAUUGCCUCACCCGAGCAGAGACAUCCUCCCCGCGACGGCCGAUAUCCCGACGUCGCAAGGUCCCCUGCGUUCAUCUCGGCCGCCUCUCCUCUCCUCGAUGCCUGGGGACUCCGAACUCUUCUCCUCCACCGCCUCGUCCUCCUCGUCCUCGCCAUCAUCCCCGCCCCAGCCGUCUCCCUCGGUGGAGACUGCAGCCCAAGACUCUGGGACUCCUCUCUCGGUGACGUGGACCCCGGCGCUUCCUGCAAGCGCGGGGGCGGCGGUGAGCGGCUCCGUGGGGAGCGACGCUGACCUCCUGGCGUCACGGCGACCCCCGUCGCUCACGACCGGCAUGGAAGCCACUGCCUUUGUCUCGUCCUCCGCUCCGUCCAUGUCGUUCGCGAGCGCCGUCGGUUCUUCCGGCCGAGGCCCCCGGGGUACGGUGACCACGCAACCCAUGAGCUCGGCUGCGCGGAUCGAGGCACUGCCGCUGUCAUCUCAAGCGCCGGCACCCGUGGCGGAGGAGAGCGCCGCUCUGAGCCCAGUGCCAAAGUCCACGCGGGUGACGACAACGUCGCCGAUGGUGAUGAUGACGACGACCACGAUGAUGAUGAUGUUGACGGGGGCGGCUUCAUUGUCGAUCGGGGCGACCCCUUCUCCCGUCCUCUCAGAGCCGAGCGAGUCUUCUCAGCUGCCAGAUAUUUUCGGAAAGAUUGAUGGCAGCGGCCUCACGUCAUCGCUUACCUCCUCAUUUUUCUCCCCCACGUUCUUCUUUUCAUCAUCUUUGCCAUCACCAUCGUCGCUGUCGCCGUUACCAUCAUCGUCGGUCCUCCUUCAGCAGGACCUGCCGUUUGCCUCGCCGCUGCCGCUCACCUCGCCCGUCGCGUCCACGUCGAUCAUCGUCAACCGAGAACCACCUCUAUCGUCCAUCUCCACCUCCUUCUCCACAUCUUCGUUCUUCUCAUCAUCGUCAUCAACAUCUUCGUCGUUGUUGACAUCGUCUGGCCUCGUCGCCUCCAGCUCCUCUGUGCCUUUUCCCACACCCCGGGCCUCCGUGGUGACCACAGCACUACCGGCCACAGAGGCCUCCUCCCUCCCCGCCAGGGGCACCGUGACCUCUGCUACAAUCGGACCCACGGCCUCAUCGCCGCCACCACCACUGCCGCCAACAAUGACGCUGACCUUAACAUUUGCCCCCGCGAUGACCACCGCAGAGUUCGUGACCUCAGGGCCAUUAGGGCCCACGGUGCCCACAACCACCCAGAUACCCACCCCGACCUUAAUGAUGUCAACGGUACCCACAACCACCCAGGUACCCACCCCGACCUCAAUGAUGGCAACGGUGCCCACAACCACCAAGAUAUCCACCCCGACCUCAAUGAUGUCAACGGUGCCCACAACCACCCAGGUACCCACCCCGACCUCAAUGAUGUCAACGGUGCCCACAACCACCCAGGUACCCACCCCGACCUCAAUGAUGUCACCGGUGCCCACGACCACGGUGCCCACGACCACCCAGAUACCCACCCCGACCUCAAUGAUGUCAAUGGUGCCCGCGACCACCCAGAUACCCACCCCGACCUCAAUGAUGUCAAUGGUGCCCGCGACCACCCAGAUACCCACCCCGACACCAAUGAUGUCACCGGUGCCCACGACCACCCAGAUACCCACCCCGACACCAAUGAUGUCACCGGUGCCCGCGACCACCCAGAUACCCACCCCGACACCAAUGAUGUCAACGGUGCCCGCGACCACCCAGAUACCCACCCCGACACCAAUGAUGUCAUCGGUGCCCGCGACCACCCAGAUACCCACCCCGACACCAAUGAUGUCAUCAGUGCCCGCGACCACCCAGAUACCCACCCCGACACCAAUGAUGUCAUCGGUGCCCGCGACCACCCUGAUACCCACCCCGACACCAACGACACCAGCGGUGCCCGCGACCACCCUGACCCCAACGGUACCCACGGACCCUCCAGGAACCCUGAACUGCAACGUGACGGAAGCGCUGUGGGUGACCACGGGGGUCACGGUGUCUGCCGGUACGGACCCCUUGAGCCGCGGGUUUCGGGAGGGGGUGGCGGACGGGCUGGCGAGGGCUGUGCGGGGGGCUCUGGGUGAGGGGGAUGCGGUGGUGCAGGUGGAAGCCAUCCUGAAGGCCUCCUCCCGCGGUGCGGACGUGUGGGACGUGUCCUACGUCACCGUCGUGGGGAGCCAGGCGCUCACGGCGUGGGCCGUGUCGGGCUCGCUGGCUCGCUAUGGCUCCAUGCGCGUCGCCUGGGAGCUCAAGAGCCACGGGGUCACGGGGGUGACGGACCCCCCCGGCUACCCGCACCUGUCCUACCCGACGCUCUUUCAGGUCACGACAGCGCUGGCGUUGGUGAAAGACGACAUCCGCUUUUGCGGCUUCGUCCAGGCGCUGGAGGCCCGUCUGGCGAGGGCCUUCGCCGCCGCCUGGGCCCUCCGCGACCCGGCCCCCUCCCCCUCGACUCCCACUCCCACCCUCGCCCCGGGGAUCGUCACGGCACAGGUGUUGAGCGCGGAGCGCGUGCCCCCCCUCUCGCUGGACGUGACGCUCACGUACGUGGUGGCGGUGGCGGGGCGAGAGGGCGCUCCCCUCAAUGGAUCGGAGGCGGCGGAGGUGAUCCGUCUCCUCCCGGCAGCGCUGCUGGGAUUCUACCUGGGAUACCCGCCAACCACCCUUGCUGAGCCCGUCGAGUACCCCAUCCUGGACACGUCUGCCAGGACCCGGCAGCUCUGGGUACUGACAGUGCUGCUGGACGUGACGGACGCGACGCUUCGCGACGUGCGAGGCUUCGCGGCCGACAUGGAGCGUCGCCUCGCGUCGCUCUACGCCCGGGCGGAGCGCGACGCGGCGCCGUCGUCGCGGAGGACGCGGCGUGCCGCCACCAACGGGCGGUUCACCGUACAGGUGGUGAACGCCAGCCGGGGCGUGGGCGGCGGCGACCGCGCCGACGUGGUGCACUACGCGCGGCUCGACGGGCGAGACCUCCCCGCCCUGGACGCCGUGGCGCUGCUGGCGUCCGUGAGCCAGCAGACGGCGGCGCUGGCGCUGGGCCGCCGCGUCCUCUCGCUCGCCGCGCCGGUGAUGCAGCUGAUGUCCCCGAGCCAAGCGCCCGUGGGGGGCGCGGGAAGCCUGUGGAUCAUCGCGGCCGUGGUGGUGCCCGCGGCGCUGGCGCUGGCGCUCUCCUCGGUGCUCUAUUGGAAGCUCUGCCGCUCCAACCGCAUGGACUUCAAGGCCGACACCAUGAGCCGCAUCCACAGGGCAAAGAGCGUGCAGGGCUUCGACUACGCCAAGAAGACCAUCGGCUCGGACCUGCGCAUAGACCAGGAGGUCGCGACCCCCGUGAAGGUCAUGGCCGGGGUGUCGCGCUCGCCCUCGGUCGCCAAGGAGACGCCCUCGUCACGCAGCCACACGCCGCAGCGGAACAAACUGCGCGGCAAGAACGGACGGGUGGAGCCAUCCGACACGGAGUCGGAGCUGAGCGCCGGGCGGGGAGACACCGGGGUUUCUCCGGGGUCCCACGAGACGCCGCUGAGGAACGGACGCCUGGGCUCGGAGUGGAGCGUGAGGUCGUCCUCUCUGCUGGACGACUCAGGGAGAGCAGGAGGAGGGGUGACGUGGCCGGCCCGUGGCGGCAGCCGGGACACGUCGCGCUCACGCUCGCGCUCCCGCUCGCAUUCGCGUGCUCGCACUCACGCGCAGAGACAGCCCCCUAUCCAGCUCAUCUCGCUCCGGCCUCUCCCGGAUACGCGGGAGCCAGCCCGCCCGCCGCUCUCCCCGCGCUCUCCUCCGCCGCUCUCCCCGCGCUCUCCUCCCCCACGUUCCCCGCGCUCUCCUCCCUCGCGCUCCCCGCGCUCUCCCCAGCAGACUCCGCCGAUAACCCCGGCCGCCCGGGACGCCCAGAAAAUGGAGCUGGCGACGCGGGCGCCCGACUCGACCCUGGAGCAGCAGCAGCAGCAGAAGAGGAAGAAGAGGAGGAGAGAGAAGGCCCAGGGGCAGGCGAGCGCCGGCGACGGCUCGGCCCGGAGGAGGUCGGCGCGGGACGACUCGGCGCGGCGAGCGCAGAGGGAGAUCGACCGCGUGCUCGACCCCGCCUCGCUGCUCCCCGACGUCUUCGUGGAGCCCAGAGGCACCAGGGCUCGCGGCUCCCGCAGGAGGAGGCGCGCCGGGGCGGAGCGCAGCGACACCGACCAGGAGCAGCUGCUGCCCUCUGACAACGAUGGCUCGAGCCGGCCGCUCACCAACGCCGCCUACGCGUCUGAGGCAGACACAGCGUCGUCCGAGAAUGCCGUGACGGCCCCCGCGACCGCCGGCUCGCCCUCCGACCCCGCGAGCAGCGAGGCCGUAAGUCCCCGGGCCGCGGGGACGCCCGGCUCCCAGGGGCCGCCGUCGCAGGUCCCAUCCCCGCUGGGGACCCCAUCCCCGCUGGGGACCCCGGCCCCGCUGGGGACUCCGGUCCCGCCGGGGACCCCGGCGGAGUCUCCGGUCGCCCCCCAGCAGCCGUCGAUCGAGGAGGCGCGCAGGCGCAUGCACUCGCUCCUGGACGACGCGUUCGCGCUCGUUUCGGCCGCGACCGCGGGCGGGGGUCUUCGGCGGCCCCCCACGACCAUGCCUGCCCCCUCCCUACUGCUCCCCCGGCUUCCGCCCCCGCCGCAGACUCCGCCGCCCGCCUCCCCGCGAGGAGGUCACUUUGAUCAUCAGCAGCAGCAGCAUCAGCAGCAUCAGCACAAUCAGAGUCAUCACGGUCAGCAUCCGGCGGACAACUACCAACAGCAUCAUCGUCACGGAGCCGGCAUGGCGCUGCCGGCCUUCGCAGCUCAAGACGGCGGUCCCGGGGCAUUGUGGGUCGUGCAAGAUGGGGCAGCACUUCCUGCCAGCAACGGGGGCAGCGGAAGCGCAUUGUGGGCCUCUCAUCCGAAGCCGUCCGGGAGGACCCAUCAAGACUACAGUUUACAUGACCUUCAGCAACACUACAGGCAUCCACACCAGCAUCAACACCAUCAACAUCAGCAGCAGCAGCACCAGCAGCAGCACAUUCUGCCCGGACUGCAGGCUUCACUGCCGGCCUACUCAUCGCAGCCUCCUCUCUUGGCUGCUCAGGCGGGGCCUCACCACCAGGCUGGCGCUGUAGGCUACCUCCAGGCCUCGGCCUACCCCCGGGAGUUCACGCGGAGUGCCCGGGGAGUGAUGGCGCUCGACCCCGGGCUUGCUGCCACCACCACGCGCCACCACACCUCGCACGGUGCGCUGGAGGUGAAGGAGCUGCCUGGGACCUACCCGAGCCCGUCGCCCGGUGUGGGUCGCCGUGGCGACGUCACGUGGUUGCCGUACCACCAGGACGGGGCCACCGCGCUCUACCCUGCGCACCCGCACCAGCCGGGCUUCCCGGACGGAGGGUACCACCGCCCGCCGCCCCCUCCGCCGACCUCUCAGUCGGCCGAGGCCCUGCUCCGCGCCGGCCCAGGGCCUCCUUCCUUGCUGGCCUCGCGGGCGAUGGAAGGCCGCCGAGUGGGGCACGCGGGCCACCCACCCGGGCCGCCGCCGCCGCCACCGUCGCAGCCGACGGCGUCGCUGAUCCGGUCGAUCCGCGAGGAGCUGGCGAGGCUGUCGGGCAGACACACGGACGUCCGCGAAUUUAGGGCAUCGUCAUGAAACGUGGAGCCCCGAGGAGGUUGUGCUCGGUGAUCGUCGAGCGAGCGAGAAAAGCGGCCGAGCGUGGCCGUCGGCGUUUUACCGCGCAGACUUUUAACAAACGCUUUGGUUUUAGCCAGGGUGGGCGAGGAGGAGGACGAGGUGAGGUGGAGCGCCUCACCUCCUCCUCCCGCUCCAUUCUCUCCGCGGAGCCGGAGGGUCAGACGUCGCGAAGCUCCCAAAGGGCUUCUUCUGGCGCCGCCGCCCAUGGGCGCGUUUGACGAAUGCACACUGACGUUACCUUUAAUCACAUUUCAAUAAUCUUCGUAACAACAACGAUCAUAAUAACAACAACAAUAACAACGAUGUGUGCAGGUGUGUACAUAUUAACACAAAGAUAUCGCUAUUGGAGAAUUGGCUACUCUGGACAGAAUUUACUGAGCGACGUUGCACAGUGGUGGGUUGUGUUCCCCUGUUGCUGGCUCUUCCGCCAGUUCUCCCCCUUAACGUGCUCCGAACCUGUCCACCCGAGUUUGAUUCCUGGCCACGGCUAACAUCAGUGGCGAGUGAUAUCUGAACCGGUCCUGGACCUCCUUUGACCCUUCACCAACGCGCGUGGAGCGGCGUGGCUCAGUCGUGUCAAACCCCCCCCCCCCCCCCCGUGACCGGCACGGCGUGGGCACUUCUCUCACCUCGCAGUAGAUUGACAAAGGGCUGUAAAUUAUUAUUAUUGUUUUUUACAUUUGCAGUGCAGUACAAUUUGCGCUGUACAAAGCGUCGAAACACAACCGCACCGUGAAGACGUCUCUCACGAAUUCGUUUUGGGUCCGAGUGCCACUUCGCCUUAAUUAUGUUUCGUGCAAAACCUUUUAAUGCAAAGAUAUUGCGUUAUGCAAAACGUACAUACGUCCGCGUGUGCAUGCGUGUGAGCACGCGCGCGAGCGUGCACAGCGUAUCUUUAACACGCGGGAUGGCGGGACUCGGUUCGCGCUGCGAGAGGGCGGACGACGCCGCCACGGGUCGGGAUCGAGCGUGCCACCGCCACCGAGGCCGUGCGGGAGCGGCGGCGAUUGCGCGCCCUGCGUGAGCAUGCACUACCGCGAGGCUCAAGCCGCGAAUUCAUUCAUUAUGCAAACGGCUCGUUAAGGCGGGGAGGCAAACGCCUGCGGAGCUCCUUCACCGCAGGAGGCAUUCCCCACCCCCACUCCGCGCGUCGCUCCCUCUGCGUGGCGGUUAACGAAGGACGCGUCCUCACCCAUAAACAA